CUCAUUAAAAAUGUCUAAAAUUGACAAUUCUGCUGUCCUUAGCAUUUGCAAAACAGUUCUAGUUUGUGGUUUAGUUCUAUACGUGGGCACCAUUAUUCUUUUCAAUGAGUCUAAAUGUUCAUCUUCUGAUUUUUUCUCUCCCUUGAAACUCACUAUCUCUCCUUCUAAUUCUCAAACAAAUACAUUAUCAAAUGAUGCAAAAACCAACAAUGCCACAAAUAUUAGCCAUCUUCUUUUUGGACUUUUAGGGUCAGAAAAAGCAUGGCAUCAUAGAAAAUCCUAUAUUGAAUCUUGGUGGAGACCAAAUAUUACAAAAGGAUAUCUUUUACUAGAUUUUCCUCCUAAAGGUGAUCUUUUACCUUGGUCAAUAAAUUCACCUCCUUAUAAAAUAUCAGAUGAUGUUCCAAAACUUGUUGAAGAAACCAAACAUGUUGAUCCAACAGUUUUAAGAUUAGUUCAUGGGAUUAUGGAGGUGUUUAGAGAAGAACAUGAAGGUUUAAGAUGGUUAGUGAUGGGGGACGACGAUUCAGUAUUUUUCGUGGAUAAUAUGGUUGAUAUUCUCGCGCAAUAUGAUCAUACGAAGUAUUAUUAUUUUGGUGGACACUCGGAGUUUAUAUUAUCGAAUUAUUGGUACUCGUUUAAUCAAGGUUUUGGUGGAGCUGGAUUUAUAUUGAGUUAUCCUUUGGCUAAAGCAUUAGCAAAUAAUAUGAUGUCUUGUUUAAAGAGAUAUGCUCAUUUGAAAGCUGCUGAUAGAACUACAAUGACUUGCAUUGCUGAUAUUGGUGUCAACCUUUCUCCUCUUCAGGGUAUUCAUCAGAUUGAUCUACGUGGUGACCUAUCAGGAUUUCUAUCAUCUCAUCCAAAAUCUCUAUUAAUGUCUCUUCACCAUUUUGACAUGGUUGAACCAAUUUUUCCCUCUUUAGACCGUGCACACUCAGGAUUUCAUCUCUUAAACGCUGCAAAUUAUGAUCAAUCAAGAAUGUUACAACAAACCAUUUGCCACAAAAGAUCAAGUAAUUGGACAUUUUCAGUUUCUUGGGGUUACUCAGCUCAUAUUUAUGAGAAAAUUAUGCCUAGAAGUUGGAUUCAAAAUCCAAUUGAAACAUUCAAAACAUGGAAUAAAAGUCCUAGGCCACCACAUUACAUGUUUGACGUUAGAAGUCCUUCUUUGGAUCCUUGUGAAGCUCCUCAUGUUUUUUUCUUCAAAUCUGUUGAGAGAAAUCCAAGAAAUGAAAUUGUUACUACUUAUACUAGAGGAUGGCCAAGAGGGAUUGGAGCUUGUUUGUCUUCUGGAAAUUAUUCUGCAGAAUAUGUUUCUGAAAUUCAUGUUUACUCAUCAGCAACAAAACGUAUUGAGAUUGAUAGGUGUGAAUGUUGUGAUGUAAUUCAUGAAGCUGGAUCAAAUAAGGCUGAAAUCAAGUAUAGAGAGUGUAUGAUAGAUGAGAUAAUAGCUUGAUUAUUCCAUAAUAUGCUGUUGUAUAAGCAAUUAUGUCAAUUUUCUUUUUUUUCCUUAUUAGUAUAUUUUUUUUCCAAAAGAUAAUUGUUAUGUACUUAAUUCAACACAUGAAAGAGUCAUGUAAUGCUGAAGAGAUAUGUAACUUCUGCACACAUAAAUAUGUAGCUUAAUUAUCUAUUUUUUUAGACGGAAUUUAAUAAAAUUUUAUUUUGAUUCA